AUGUCCUCUCGUUUUUUGACCAAACUCUUCUUGGGUGUUGGUGGUGUUCUCUUCACUACUCACAUUGCUGCCGGUUCUCCAAAAACUGAUAUGACUGGUGUUGUCUCUGAUUCUCCAAUGUAUAAAACUUUGAAGAAUUCUUGCAAGGAUAUUCAAUGUCAAGUUGAAGAACUCAAGAAGCAAGGAAAAUCAUUGGAUAACCAAGAUGAAACUAUUGAAACCAUCUGUUCCAAGCAAUUGGAUUCUGGUGUUUGCAAGGCUCUCAUGGUUGGAAACUUUGAAAAAUUCAAGUCUGGUACUUUUUCUAACACUGAUUUGAUGGAAUAUGUUGCUCAUCAAAUUGCUAAGGAAAGAAAGGAAAAUCCACAUGGUCAUCAUGGUCACCAUUAA